CGCGCACCGGACGAUAGCAUACAUUUUACUUCAAUAUCAACAUAACUGAUUUACUAAAUUACAAUUGCAAAUCUAACAGUGUAUUCAACGUAGUGUUUAUAUUUCGACGUGAACAAAAUCAUGAAUUGAUACUUAUAACUUUUACUUUUAAAUACUGUGCUCAGUUCAUAAAAAGAUCAAAAUGGUUCCAGAUCCGAACAGACGACAAGUUAGCUUUCCGAAACUUCUUUACCCGUUAUAUAGGGAUGUAGAACCUAAAACUACCCAACAAUGGCUAUUAGGGAAGCAAAUACAAGACGGUGCUGAGGGUCUAUGGAGAAUACAUGAUAGUAUUUAUGAUUUGACAGACUUCGUAUCUUCUCAUCCUGGUGGAUCACAGUGGAUUGAAUUUACAAAGGGAACGGAUAUUACAGAAGCCUUUGAAACACACCAUAUAAAUAACGUCGUGGUUGAAGCUCUACUACCAAAAUAUUUUAUAAAGAAAGCCAAAACAUCCAGGAAUUCCCCGUUUUCAUUCAAAGAGGACGGUUUUUAUAAAACUCUUAGACCAAAAAUCGCAGCAAAACUCAAAGAAUUACCCCACGAUGUUAGGAAAAAAAGUGAUAAUGUCACAGAUUUUCUCUUUGCGUGUUUGUUGGUUGGAAGCCCACUUUGUUGCUGGCUUUGGACGAAGAAUUUAAUAUAUGGAGCUGCCUCGACAGUGAUUCUUGGCUUUAUACUAUGUGGGCUCAGUAUUUGUGCCCACAACUAUUUGCAUAGGUCGGAUAGUUGGCGAAUGUACCUCUUAAACUUCAGUGGAUUUUCAUACUCAUUUAUGGGACGUUUAUCCAAUUUAAAUCGUAAAAAGUUUACAUGGGACGGUGUGAUACCGUUUCUAUUACCUCUAUGGAUGUGGUACCUGAGUGGGGUAUUCCUGCCUUGGACACUCACAGUAUGGCUGGCGACAAUAAUGAUUUCAAGUUUUUUCUUGAUGUUGUUUGGACUGACGGCUGGUCAUCACGCACACACUAAUUUUUUCGAGGGUGACAUACCAAGGGACGAGUUUUUGGAUUGGGGCAUACAUCAAAUGGAUACCAUAGUUGAGAGGGUCGAGUACAUGGAAGAUCACUUUAAAUCAAUCACGCGUUUCGGGGACCAUGCGCUACAUCAUCUCUUUCCGACUUUGGAUCACGCGGAGCUAAAAUAUUUAUAUCCCACUCUAUUGGAACAUUGUGAAAAAUUCGAUACUCAGCUCCGGGUCACUACGUUUUAUAACGCUCUUAUAAGCCACAGUAAGCAGCUGAUAAGGAAAUGGCCGAAUAAUUUUAGGGAAAAGUAAGUUUUCGGUGCUACAUUAUGUUAGCAAUUUAUUUACAGUGCUUUCGAUGCAAUGUAAAUACUCGUCUCUCAUUGUGUAAAACAUUUAUGUUAUUUUUAGUUGAUUACAUCACAUACAGUAAUUUAAAAGUCAGGGUUAAUGAUUUAAAAUGCAUUUGAAUUUUUGUAAAAUGUUGUAUUUUUUAGAUAUACCUAGCAAUGUAAGCGAAACACCUAGGUGCUUCUAUUUCAAAGAACUAAAGUAAUAUAGUUUUUAUACUUUUCACUUUUAGUGUUUUUUUUAUUCCGUGAUCAAAUUUAAUGAUUGCCGUGGUGGUGAC